AUGCCAACCACCACGUCCGCGCCUGACAAAUCGAGACAGACUUCCGCUGGCAAAUCAUUCUUCGGGAGGAAACUGCACAAGGAGAAGCCGGUAGAGGAUCGGUAUGAGGGACACACCGGCCUCGAGAGUCUCGCGCCCCCUGGAAGCGCCGCGGGCUCUCGCUCGUCUCGCCACUCCAAGCGCUCGUCCGUCCAGUCGAUGGAUUUCCCCCACGACAUCGAUCCUGCCGCCCUAUCCAUGACCGCCGGCGUCAUCACCUCCAUUCCCUUCGAAAGCCUCCCGUCCGAUACCAAGUCUCCGAUCCCCGUGGACUAUCUCUCCAAAGCCGAAACCUCCCCCCGGAAGGAGCCGUCGCCGAGCCAUGUUGCCAAGGGAGGUAGCGACUUCCACCAGUAUCCCGUCUGGAACCCGUCCAAUAUCAAGGACAACAACGUUUAUUCCCACCCCACCGGCCCUCGUCCGCCACCGCAUGCGUCCAAUGUCACCAUGACGGGCAGUUCUACGGGUGAUAAAGGUGCUCGGUAUCAGCAGUGGGGGCGUCCGGGAAGUUCUGCUGCCAAUACGGGCUUUAGCCACAACUCAUCGUCUACCGUAGACUCCUCCACUCAUUCCCGAAUGUCCAUCGACCAGGCUAGCAUUCACUCUUCACUUUCGUCGAACACCCGUGGUUCGAGCUACUUCUCAUCGGACGGCUCUUCACGCACACUUACCACCUCCCAAUCCGCCGACCGUAACACCUACUCGUCCCAAGGGAACCCCAACCGACUUUCUACCGCACAAGCCGCGUGGCAAUCUGCUCAGCCCUCCCAGCCUGCGAAGAUACCCACUAAUCCCGAACAGUACCUCGCCCGGCCUAGGGACGAUCGGGUGGUGGACCAGCUGUUCCUCGAAUUGAUGCAGAAGCGUGGUUGGCAGAACUUGCCGGAGCAGGCCAAACGGCAGAUGCUUGCAUACCCAGCCUCGAAGAAGUGGACGCUUGUUCAUCAAGAUCGGUUGACCGAAUUACAAGGAGAGCAGAAGCGGAGGCAAAAUGCACGACAGGCACAUGGUCAUGACGGGCCGUCAGGGAUCCUGGAGCGAGCCGACGAAGAGGGGAGCCCGGAGUGGUACGUGAAGAAAGUUAUGGACGAUUCCAUCACGUCAAAACAACUGGCUAGUUUGAGUGUCAGUCUUCGAACUCAACCAAUCAGCUGGGUGAAGGCCUUUGUCGAAGCGCAAGGCCAAAUAGCCCUGACAAACGUUCUUUUCAAGAUCAAUCGGAGGAAGGUUUCGGGUCCUGUCCCUGCGCCCCCAACUGGGGACAAAGAUUUGGACCGAGAAUACGAUAUUGUCAAGUGCUUGAAGGCUUUGAUGAACAACAAGUAUGGAGCAGAUGAUGCCCUCGCCCACCAGCAAGUCAUUGUGGCUCUUGUGAGCUCGUUACUAUCUCCUCGGCUGAAUACAAGGAAGUUGGUCAGCGAAGUUCUGACUUUCCUCUGUCACUGGGCCGAAGGACACGGGCAUCAAAAGGUUUUGCAGGCCAUGGACCAUGUCAAGAACCACCAUGGAGAGACCGGCCGCUUUGAUGCCUGGAUGCGCAUAGUCGAGGUAACGAUCGAUGGCCGCGGGAAGAUGGGAAGCUUGGUGGGUGCCAGCGAGGAAUAUCGCAGCGGUGGCAUAGGCAUGGAGAACCUCCUCAUGGAAUAUGCCGUCUCAACUAUGCUUUUGAUCAAUAUGUUGGUGGAUGCUCCAGAAAGCGACCUGCAAUUGCGAUGUCAUAUUCGUGCCCAGUUCACCUCCUGCGGCAUCAAGCGUCUCAUGACCAAAAUGGAGGGCUUCCAGUACGAGGUUAUCGACAAGCAGAUUGAACGCUUCCGCGAGAAUGAAGCCAUUGAUUACGAGGAUCUCCUGCAGCGCGAGAGUAGUAGUAUGAAAGAUAGCAUCGAGGGCGAAGUCAAGGACAUGAGCGACCCCAUGCAAAUUACAGACGCUAUUGCAUCAAGGAUCCAGGGUAGCCGUGCUCAUGACUACUUCCUUUCCGCCAUGCAACACAUGCUUCUAAUUCGGGAGAACUCUGGAGAGGAUGGCCUUCGCAUGUACCAGCUCGUUGAUGCCAUGCUCAGCUAUGUUGCCAUGGACCGAAGACUGCCCGAUCUUGAUCUCCGGCAAGGGUUAACGUUCACCGUUCAGAGUUUGCUGGACCGUCUGCACACAGACUCGGAGGCAAGACAGGCUUUCGAUGAGUCCCUGGAGGCCCGCCAGAUCGCGGAGGCCGCCCUGGCCGAGCGUGAUGAGAUGAAGGCACAGAUAGAGCUAGGCGCAGACGGCUUAGUUAAGAAGCUGCAGAAACAAAUCGAAGAACAGACCGGCAUCAUUGAGCUCCAAAGGAGACGGGAGGAGGCAAUUAGAGCCGAGCUCGCCGAUGUUCAAAGGCUCCGUGCCCAAGAGCUGCAACGGAAUGAGCUCGAAACCAGAGAACUCUACCUGAUGCUUCGAGACGCCCAGGAUAUCGCUGCUUCGAACGCCAAGAAGAACAAUUUAGCAGAAGCCGACCCGUCGCAUAUGAGGGGCAUUUUGGAUAGGGAAAGGCUCCUGGGACGACUGGAGAUGCAGCUUGAACGAACCAAGACGCAGUUCAAGUUGGAAGGCAAGGUCUGGGGCCAGCAUGUUACCUCGGACAGACUGCGUGAGCUACGGGAGCAGAUGGACGGGGAUGCUGAACCCAACGAUGACUUCGAAGAACAGGCUCGCCAGAAUGUUCCUGCAUUGGGAUCCGUCUAUCGGAAGAAAAGGCAUGUGCCCGGCAUGGAGAGAGAUGACCUCGAGGGCCAAGGACAGGGCCAGGUGGAUGAGAAUGGCGAGAUUGUCUAUGAAAAGGCACGUCUUGUGGAUCUUCACCGGCCACGACUGAACCCCAAGCAGGCCAACGGUCUCAUUGGAGAAAUCGCUCUGAAGGUGCCCAAGAUCGACGCGGAAGACAAUGCUGCUGCUCUUGAGAUUCCUGGGCUUACAGCACCUGAAGAUAGCUCUGCGGGAGAGCCCAAGACUGAGAGCGAGGUUGAGAAGGCAGACGCCAAGGGCGUUCCUGCCCCCCGCCUCCUCCCCCUCCCCCUCCGCCGGGAGCCCUGGGAUUUGCUCCUCCUCCGCCGCCCCCUCCGCCGCCCCCCCCUCCACCGGGUGCCGAUUCCCUCCGCCGCCGCCCCCUCCACCCCCCCCUGGAAAGGCCGGGUUCCCCCUCCGCCCCCUCCCCCACCUCCACCCGGUGGAGCUGGAUUCCCGCCGCCGCCGCCCCCUCCACCAGGUGCUUCGUUCGGUGCUCCCCCUCCCCCGCCUCCUCCUGGCGCGGGUGGCUUUGGAGGCUGGCGAGCUAAUUACAUGGCCUCUCAAGCCCUUCCUCAUCACCAGACCGCUCUCAUGCCGUCUAUCCGCCCCAAGAAGAAGCUCAAGGCCCUGCACUGGGAGAAGGUGGAUGCGCCCCAGGUGACGGUGUGGGCAGCUCAUGCGCCUACAGCCCAGGAGAAAGAGGACAAGUAUGUGGAGCUAGCUAAAAAGGGUGUGUUGGAUGAGGUUGAGAGACUAUUCAUGGCCAAGGAAACCAAGAUCUUCGGGGCCAAUGCCGCCGCCAAACAGCGCAAAGACAAGAAGCAGCUCAUCUCCAAUGAGUUGUCCAAGAACUUCCAGAUUGCUAUGGCAAAGUUCUCGCAAUUUCCUGCCGACGACGUUGUGCGGAUGAUCAUCCACUGCGACACAGAUAUUCUGGACAAUCAGGUCGUCAUGGAGUUCCUGCAGAGGGAUGAGAUGUGCACGAUCCCCGAGAAUAUCUCGAAGCAGAUGGCGCCAUACAGCAGGGAUUGGACUGGCCCAGAUGCUGCCAGCGCUGAGCGAGAACAAGACCCUGCAGAGCUCACGCGUGAGGAUCAAGUCUACCUCUACACUGCAUUCGAGUUGAACCAUUACUGGAAGGCGAGAAUGCGUGCCCUCGCGCUGACCCGCUCGUUUGAACCGGAUUAUGAGCACAUAUCCGCGAAACUCCAACAGGUUGUGCAAGUCAGCGAAUCCCUCCGAGACUCCGUGUCCCUUAUGAACGUCCUCGGGCUGAUCCUGGAUAUUGGUAACUUCAUGAACGAUGCCAAUAAGCAGGCUCAAGGUUUCAAGCUGAGCUCCCUUGCUCGUCUUGGCAUGGUCAAGGAUGACAAGAACGAGACCACCUUCGCAGAUCUGGUCGAGCGCAUCGUUCGUAACCAGUACCCUGAAUGGGAGGGUUUCGUCGACCAGAUCAACGGCGUCGUCGCCAUUCAGAAACUCAACGUGGACCAGCUGCGGUCCGAUGCCAAGAAAUACGUUGAUAACGUCAAGAAUGUGCAGGCAAGCUUGGAUGCAGGAAACCUGAGUGACACCAAGAAGUUCCACCCUCAGGAUCGCGUCAGUCAGAUUGUCCAACGUAGUAUGAAGGAUGCUCGCCGCAAAGCCGAGCAGAUGCAGCUCUACCUGGAUGAGAUGGUGAAAUCCUACGACGACAUUAUGGUCUUCUAUGGAGAGGAUAACGCAGACGAGGGUGCCAGACGAGACUUCUUCCCGAAACUGGCCUCGUUCCUGCUGGAGUGGAGGAAAUCCAAGGAGAAGAACGUCGGACUGGAAGAAAGCCGGAGACGCACGGAGCAGUCGCUGGCUCGCAAGCGUAACAUCAAUGCCAGUCUCGCCAACGGCACUCCUUCGGGAGGCGAUGCGCCACUAUCACCGGCCUCGAGCGGGGCAAUGGAUUCGCUCUUGGAGAAGCUGCGCGCCGCAGCACCUCAGGCCAGAGACCAGCGUGAUCGCCGUCGCCGUGCUAGGUUGAAGGAGAGACACCAGGUCCGCGUCGCUUCGGGUCAGAAGCCACCGGAUGCCGAUGGAACUGAAGCCCCCGAGGGGGCGAAUGACACAGAGGGGGACGGCAACGGCAAUAACGCGAGCAAUGAAACCAACGACGCUCCUGCUGAGACCGGCCUUCUGAGCCCUCCCCUCUUAGAAGCAGAGUCCGAGUCCACGCAACGGGAUUCUCAACAUGUGUCGGAGAGUGAAGAUGUUGCAGAUCGCGCUGCCAGUAUGCUGCAAGGUCUCCGAGACAACGUGGACGGCGAGCGACAAAGACGAAGACGCGAGACGGCCGAAGAAGAACGCCGGAAACGCCGGUUGCGGAGACGCAAUGGAGCGACAAGUAUCAGUCGAGAUAGUGCUGAUGGCUCUGUCGCCUCGUCCGUGCCCGAGCCGAUUUCGCCUCCCAGGACUGACCUGGAGCCAGCAAGCCCCCGGAACGACGAUGACCCCCUCCCCCAACCCCCUCUGACCCCGGCCAUUGUGGUGUCGCCAAAUGCAGACCUUCAUCUUGGGUCGCCCGGUGACGAUGAACCGUUAGAAGGAUCCCCUUCGAGCAGAUCGGUCGAGUAG